GAGCAAGGCUGCGCUGCUUCCGGCCAGCUCAGCGUCUAUCUUCCGGACUCGGACCCGCUCCUUCGCCGCCGCUGGUGGAGUGUCGACGCGGGCUAGGCGGUCCGGCAGGGAGGCUGCCGCCCGCGAGAUCUCGCCUCCCUCCUCCUCCAAGGCCGGUGCCGACUUUGGCUCUCAGGACGCGCCUGAAUUUUCCCCUUCGGAGGCUGAGCGCGUCUCCGAGGCCUGCGCUUCUCAGGGCGGGGCGGGCAAUUCCGAGGAGAGCAGCGAGAUCGGGGAGGCAGCCGGCGAGGCGACUUCCGUCGCUAACACCAUGCUGGACGUAUUCGGCUCCAUCCCCACCCAGAUGGACUACAAGGGUCAAAAACUAGCAGAACAGAUUUUUCAAGGAAUCAUUCUUGUUUCUGCGGUAAUUGGUUUCAUCUAUGGCUACAUCGCGGAACAGUUUGGUUGGACUGUCUAUAUAGUUAUGGCUGGGUUUGCUUUAUCAUGCCUGCUAACACUCCCUCCAUGGCCUAUGUACCGCCGCAAUCCUCUGAAAUGGCUACCUGUCCAAGAGUCGGGAACAGAAGAUAAGAAGCCAGCAGAGAGAAAACUGAAAAGGCAUACUAAAAGUUGAAGAAUAUGAACCCUCAUGAUGUAACAUUGGAUAAUUUUGCUUCAUUAAAGGUUUCUGUGAUAUUCCCA